AAACAAAACAACAAAAAAAUAACGCAUAAAAAUCCCAAACCGGCCGCCCCCCCCCCUUAAAAAAAAACACAAACUUGCUCAACUCGUUCCGGGAGGCGCCGGGCGCCGCGUACCGGGCGCCGCUCCAUGCGGCGGCGGGGCCGGCGCUGAGCCCCGGGGCCGCGGAGCCAUGGCCAUGGUGGCCGGUGGCUGGGGCGAGCCCAACGGCGGCGGCGGCGGCGGCGGCGGGGAGGAGGCGGCGGCGUCCCCGGCGGGCGGCGGCAGCGACGCGGAGCACGGCGAGGAGGAGCGGGCCGGGGCGCCGGUGGACUGCGUGGUGUGCGGGGACAAGUCCAGCGGGAAACACUACGGGGUCUUCACCUGCGAGGGCUGCAAGAGCUUCUUCAAGCGCAGCAUCCGGAGGAAUCUCAGCUACACCUGCAGGUCCAACCGCGACUGCCAGAUCGACCAGCACCACCGCAACCAAUGCCAGUACUGCCGCCUGAAGAAGUGUUUCCGCGUGGGGAUGAGGAAGGAAGCCGUGCAGCGGGGCCGGAUCCCCCCCACCCACUCCAGCACCAGCCCCAACACCAUGCCCAGCGGGGAAUACUUCAACGGGCAGCCGGUGUCGGAGCUCAUCUCGCAGCUGCUGCGGGCUGAGCCCUACCCCGCCGCCCGCUACGGCUCGCAGUACGCGCAGCAGGGCAGCGUCAUGGGCAUCGACAACAUCUGCGAGCUGGCUGCCCGCCUCCUCUUCAGCACGGUGGAAUGGGCCCGGAACAUCCCCUUCUUCCCUGAGCUGCCCGUCUCUGACCAAGUGGCCCUGCUACGGCUCAGCUGGAGCGAGCUCUUCGUCCUCAACGCAGCGCAGUCUGCGUUGCCGCUGCACAUGGCCCCGCUGCUGGCCGCCGCCGGCUUCCACGCCUCCCCCAUGUCGGCCGACCGCGUCGUCUCCUUCAUGGACCAGAUCCGCAUCUUUCAGGAUCAGGUGGAGAAGCUCAACCGGCUCCAGGUUGACUCGGCCGAGUACAGCUGCCUCAAAGCCAUCGCGCUCUUCACACCGGACGCCUGUGGCCUCUCGGACCCGGCACACGUGGAGAGCUUGCAGGAGAAGGCGCAGGUGGCCCUCACCGAGUACGUGCGCUCGCAGUACCCCUCGCAGCCCCAGCGCUUCGGCCGGCUCCUGCUGCGGCUGCCGGCUCUCCGGGCCGUGCCGGCCGCCCUCAUCUCCCAGCUCUUCUUCAUGAGGCUGGUGGGGAAGACACCCAUCGAAACACUAAUCAGGGACAUGCUGCUGUCUGGGAGCACCUUCAACUGGCCCUACGGGACGGGGCAGUAAGAGGACAGAGCCUCUCCCCCUGGGGACACCCUGGGGACCCCCAGCAGCUGGACCCAGAUUUCCUCCAGCGCCCUGAGACGGUGCCGUUCCUGGGGAGCCCUGAACUGCGCCGGCCCCCAGCCCCGCAGCUGUCUCGUAGCUCAUCCGUCCACCGCGGCGUCCCCCAAAGCAGCGGUGUCGCGGCGUUGUCCUAAACCCGAAGGUACUGGCCGUGCCGCCACUGUCGGACACCGAACUCUUCCGUACGCCCCUUGAAGCGGAGCUCCCUGGCACCCCCAGGUCUUCCCCGGGGACCUUGGAGCAUCGCCGGGGCUGGUCCCUUGCUCUGCCCCUGUGCUGGAGCCAGGCUGGAGCCCGGGGAGGAGGAUGCCGUCCUCUGGCUGCCCCUCCAAAUCUGAAUUUCAGAUGACAGGAUGCUCGGACAGGAGGUGAUGGGAGGUGGGACCAGCCAGGCUGGGAUGCAGAGGGGCCACCAGCUGUGCAGAGCCAUCCUUUGGGGGGUCCUGCUGUGGGACCCCCUGCCUCUGCCCCUCCCCCCCCAGUCCUGGAAAUCAUAGGAAAAGGGUUAUUUUAAAGCCCUUUUGCCCCGCCCGGGGCUGCCCCUGCCUGUCUGGGCCAGAUCCAGCCUCAAAGACUGAAGUGCUGAGCUUGGAGCAGCCCUUUUUUGGGGACCAGACUUGUCCGUGCCUGGUCCCAGACCCCUCCCUGCACUUUCCACUGAAGCAUCUCCACUGCUGGGGCACAGGGUGGGUACAGGGGACGGGAUGGGGGUACAUGGGCCACUGACUGGGGCUGUGCACCAUGGAGGGUACAAACCAAAUGGUCCUUUAUUGGGUGCUGUACGGUGCCCAGCCCAGCCCUUCCCUGCUGCCUCGCUUGGUGCUUUGACCCUGCCCUGGGGCUGGAUCCAGCACCCACCACCAUCCCCACAGUGGGGGAGAUGGGUGCCAGCAUCCCCCGCCCACGCUCGCUAUGUUCCUGUGCCUCACUAUAUAUAUUUUUUUUUUUAAGACAGGUUUGGAAGAGAGGAAGACUUUGGGGGGGUGGGUGGGAAACAAAAAUCUGGCUGGAAAGGGGUGAUGCUGCUUGGGGUUCCUUGUCCCCAGGGCUGAGCUGUGCUGGAGGAAGGGACGCAUGGUGGGGCAGAGCCACCUCAGAGGGUUGGGGGAUGCCCCGUGGCCUCUGAUCCCGCACCGGUGGUCCAGCUGGCACAGGAUUGGAGGCCAUGGGGUGCCCCCCCCCGCCCCCAGGCUCUGCUUCUCAGGGGUAUCCACCAUGCAAACAGACGGAGGCAGGAUUAGCCGGGGGAUUUGUCAUUUAGAUUGAUUCACUGAAAAUAUAAUCCUUGUUCAAUGAUACUAAACAAAUUAACUCAAGUCAAUAAAAGAUGUUUCUUACAA